AUGACGGUGGAUCGCACCGACGCACUCGACUGCGGCAUCUGCUUCCUCCCGUUGAAGCCCCCCAUCUUCCAGGUACACGUCGUCUCGUCUCUGAAUCAGAUCCUGCGACGUGGGGCACGUGGUGUGCUCGCCGUGCCGGGACAAGCUGGCGGCGGGCGGCCAGUGCCACGUGUGCCGGGACCCGACCAGGUUCCAGCGGUGCCAGGCCAUGGAGAAGAUAUAUGGUGGACGCCGUCCGCGUCCCGUGCCCGCACGCCGAGCACGGCUGCGCCGACCGGCCGGCGUAGCACGACCGGUAGCACCACGCCCGCGAGUGCGCGCGCGCGGGGUGCCGCCGCCGCGCCCGGCUGGCCGUGCACCGCGGAGCCCACCCCCGAUCGCUCCUUCGACGUCCACCUCCGCGACGGCUUCAACCUCAUCACCGCCGCCCGCGGCGAAGCCCAGCACCUGAUCCUGCUGAACGUGGCGAGGACGCCGUUCGGCCGCGCCGUCUCUGCGGUCCGGGGCUUCCUGCGCGAGCACUUCCAGACGUCUCGGGUCGAGGUCGCGUCCAUGGAUGGCUCGGAUGCGCUGCCAGAUCGCAGCGCCUCCUUCCAGUUCUUCUUCCCAAAGUUUGCUGGUGGAUCCGACGAGGAUGAUCUUCGCGUCGAUGUUGUUAUUAACAUCAGCCCAUCAUAA